AUGAAGCUCAACACUCAUGCGCUCCGGUACUUGACCAGCGAGGACUGGCGAGUCUUGGCUGGGGUUGAGCAGGGCAGCAAGAACCAUGAAGUCGUUCCCACACCCUUGAUCCAACAACUCGCUGGACUGCGUGGUGGCAGUGGCGUGCACAAAUGCAUCUCCAACCUCGCCAAGGUUGGCCUGAUUGCGAAAGUGAAGAAUGCGAGAUAUGACGGCUAUCGCUUGGCCUACGGCGGUCUCGACUACCUCGCUCUCAACGCCCACCGACGAAGCAACACCGUCUUCAGCCUUGGCAACCAGAUCGGCGUGGGCAAGGAAAGCGAUAUCUACAUCACCGCCGCUCCCGACAGCACCUUGCAAGUCCUCAAGAUCCACCGUUUGGGUCGCAUAUCCUUCCGAUCGGUCAAGAGCAAUCGCGAUUAUUUGCGGAAUCGAUCAACGGGAUCGUGGUUGUAUCUCUCACGACUUGCGGCACAUAAAGAGUUCGAGGUGAUGAAGGUGCUUAAGCGAGAAGGCUUCGCCGUACCACAGCCCAUAUCGUGGAAUCGGCAUACAAUUGUGAUGGAGUUCAUCGACGCCUUUCCCUUGCGAAUGAUCGAGAGCAUACCGGAGCCGGGCAAGCUCUACGCGGAGCUGAUGGACACGAUUGUUCAGUUAGCCGCGCGCGGCCUGAUUCAUGGAGAUUUCAACGAGUUCAACAUUCUCAUCAAAGAGUUGCCGCAGCCUGACGGAAGCAUUGAGCUUUCCGCCGUCCUCAUCGACUUUCCUCAAGCCGUCAGCACGAAUCACGCCAACGCGGAGAUGUACUUUGAUCGAGACGUAGCCUGUGUCAAACGCUAUUUCGAGCGGAGAUUCAAGUAUGUCUCGGACGAACCAGGCCCAUUCUUUGCGGACGCUGUGAAAGACAUUGGUGCAGGAAGAAGGCUGGAUGUGGAAGUGGAGGCCAGUGGGUUUUCGAAGAAGAUGGCGCGGGACUUGGAGCGUUAUGUGGAGGUUGCAGACAAUCGUGAUGGAGCUGAAGGGGAUGAAAAGGGAGAGGAUGGGGCAGAAGAGGAUAACAACGAGCAAGUUGAUGAAGAAGACGAUGAGGGUGAAGAAGCUGACGAUGCGGAAACGGACGCGCUGGCCGGAGAAGGUCAAGGUGACGAGGGAGUGGGCUCCGAUCGACUCAAUGCACUGUCAAUACAUGACAGUGCUGAGACAAAGGGACGCACGGCGGCAAGCUACGGCCUGUUACCCUUGGAAAUGCCCACCGGACACGAUGAAGUGGCGGAGAAGGUGCACAAGCAAAAGGCCGCUGCCGGAUGGGCGAUAUGA